AUGGACGCGACCGAUCCUUCUCUGAAUUACUUCGCGCCAGAACUUUUCCACGACCAAGAUGAUGCGACAAUGUCACAAGAUCCGCUUACGCAUUUGUCGCAAGAUAUUGAUAUGACAAUGGGAGAAGAAGCCGCACUAUUCAAUACGGAUGUCAUUGAUCCUAGCAUCGCCAUGGACAACGGACAUCAUGUAAAACAGGAGGACUACGACAGCGUAUAUCCGUCUUUGGACAAUGACAUGCCGAUUGGUGAUACGUUAAACCAAGAUACGGCCACUGAUGUUCACGGCGCCGAUGAUUAUGCUUCAACACAAGGCUCCCCCGAGGCUUCAAGACGCCAUUCCAAAGGUCCUGGCCGAUCUAGAAAAGUUGAUCCUGACGAGCCGCCCAAAUCGCACGUACAUUCCUCAAAGAAUGAAGGACAACACACUGACCGAAGAUUCCUCUGCUACAUCUGUCACAAACUAUUCACGCGACGCCGUUCUGUUCGAGAUCACAUCUCCAAAAUCCACAAUACCAAGACCUGGGAGCCGGUGCGCAGUUUGGAGGUCAUCGUGGACCCGAUCACUGGCGAUCCGAUCGAACCUUUGGAAGACAUCAUCGCUAGAGGGCCACCUCCUCCACCACCCAAGAUGACCAAGGCUGAAAAGGCCGCGAAGCGUGAAGCUGACGAGGAUGCGGAGCAAGACGAAGAGCAAGCAGUGGUCAACCAUGAUGAGACCUCCAUGCAACAAGACAUCACCACCAUCCCUGCGCCUCUCCCCACGGAGCCGGCUCCCUCUCCUGCGGCGAUGAGCCUCAAGAGAGAGUCAUCGGUGGCAGGGUCGAGGGCAUCUUCAGCCGAGCCAUUUGCUACGCCUCAACCGGUGGCAGGCAGGAAGCGACCAGCGCCGGAAGACUCCAGCAAAUCGACCUCGACCGCUGCUAAGAAAAAGGGCACCGCGAAGGUUAAGAGCUCCGUGGCGCCUCAUAGAAAGUCUAAGCUCAGCGAGUCUGAACAGCAUCCGUCUGCAGCACGUUCGCCUUUUCGUUCCCCCAGUGCCGCUCCAGGCUCAACUCACCUCAAGCCGGCACCAUCCAAACUCAAGCACCACACCUCUGCUGCCAGUGUUAGGUCAUCUCCCACACCAGCCGCCUCCUCGCGAGCCGGGUCUCUCGAGAUAGAUUCGGUCUCCAGCUCAGUCGCAGACACUCCGACCAGCUCAAACGAUGAUGGCGAGGUGUUCUGUAUUUGUCGUAAAGGAGACAACCACACAUGGAUGAUCGCUUGCGACGGUGGAUGUGAUGAAUGGUUCCAUGGAAACUGUGUGAACAUCCGAGAACGAGACGGCGAACUCAUUGACAAGUACAUCUGUCCAACCUGUACGAAGCCCGGAUUGCAGACGACCUGGAAACGCAUGUGUCGACGAAAGGACUGCAGAAAGCCGGCAAGAGUGACCAGAGACCCUCCCAGCAAAUAUUGCUCGGACGAGUGUGGACGCAUGUUCUUUGUGGAAUUGCUUCAGAGAAGUGAUCCCCGGGCUCAGGCAUCAAAGGACGGACUGUCCAUUGUCGAACCAGAGAAGGUCAAGAAGGUACGCAAGACGAAGAAGAAGAAGCUCGAUAUGCGAGGCAAGCCGCCAAAGCCUGUUUCCCACCUUCUCAAUGGCGAUCAAGGUGAUCGGAUGAGCAUCGAUAGUCGACUUGCAACACCAGCAUACAGUGACAAUGAGGGAACAGAAUACGAGACAGACAGCAGUGUCGACGAUCAUGAUCUGCCCAACAGAGGUGGUGCGCUUAGGGUAGGUGAGAUCAGAGCCCUUCUUGACCAGUGCAAGACCGUCGAACAGUUCAGAGCGUUGGGAAGAAAGCCAGACACACCCCCUCUAGACCCGGAUGUUGCAGACGCCAACGCGGUUGAACCAGUGUAUGACGACUUGGAGACUGCAAAGGUGGCUAGCCUUGAGGAGGAGAAGCGACAGCUCAACGAACGCACCACCAUGCUCUCCGCACGAGAAACAUUCCUUGGAUUACUCAAGGCCCGAUCGACUGCCAUUACUGAGGAAGUUCGAAAGGCAAACCCGAAGAUGAAAGACAUUUGCGGCUUCGAUCCCCGAAUCUCGUGGACUGAUGGAGAGUUCCUGUCCUGGUAUAACGGAAUGGGCGGCAAAGAGAUCCUCGACGCUGGCUCUGCUGCCAAGAUCGGACCUCCAGACGAAAUCGAUGAUGAUCAUGACCGAGACCACAAGCCAAAUGGUGUGAACGCAGCACACGCUGCCUCUGAUCCUGCAGUCGAAGAGGCCGACGAUACAGACAGCAUGUCCAAGAAAGGAGGUGUAUGUAUCAAGAAUCGCUGUUCACGACACCGAAACUGGGCCAAAGGACAACUUGCCGAAUUGCGCUUCGAACAGGACUUGGUGAGGAGAGCCUUGAGUAAAUGCGAGGCGCAGGAGAACCGUAUCAAGGAGAGAGCGGUUGUAAGAGGCUGGGAGACGCGAGGUGGAGUUGCAGCCACCUGA